AUUGGCGACUCGGAUGACGAGCAUGAAGUGGCACCUUCAUUCCCAGUACCUCAGCUUGCGAUGGCAUCGCAAGUGAGAGAUGUAUCCCCUCCUCCGACUUUUCCGGUUCCACAGCCUGCUCCGGCUUUUGCCAGCAAUCCGACAAUGCCCCCACAGGCCCCGCCCAAAGCUCCUGCUUUCGGUUCUGGGGCCAAGGCUAACCCGAUCACCAUACCGUCGAACAAGCCGUCCUUUACUCCUCCGCCCCAGCGCCCGCCUCUCGCCGAUGCCGAUGAAGAGCGUUUUGAGGAGACGGACGACGUCCGCAACACGUUUGAAGUUCGCAAAACGGCGGGGGACGCGGAGAAGGAUUUGCGCGAUCUCUUGCAGUCGCACGUGAACGAUGAGCAAGGCGAGGAGGAGGAGGAGGAAGAAGAAGAAGAUGCGUACGUUGAGGGCAUGAACGUCGUGCUGCAACCUCAUCAGCGGAAGAGUCGGAAGUGGAUGCGCGAGCGUGAACAAGGCAAGAAGUACGGGGGUAUCCUUGCAGACGACAUGGGCCUCGGCAAGACCGUACAGACACUCGUGCGUAUCCACGAAGGACGCGCGAAGAAGAGCGAUAAGAAGGACGGCUGGUCCCCGACUACUCUCAUCGUUUGCCCUGUCGCACUUGUGACGCAGUGGGUUGCCGAAGUCAAGAAAUAUGCACCCGAACUGCUUGUGAAGGAACAUCAUGGCCCUUCGCGGACGAAAGAUCCCAGGGAGUUGACCAGCCACCAUGUCGUCGUCACCACCUACCAAGUUCUGGCUAGCGAAUACGCUUCUCAUGGCACUGGCGCUAAGGACGAAAGUGCCAAGAGCGGCAAGGCAAAGAAGCAAUCUGUCUCGUCGGACGACUCAUCAAGCGCCGAUAGUGACGAUUCAUCCGCGUUUGGCCGGUCGUUGGCCAAGAAAAAGGCUAAACCGAAGGCCAAAGCUGUGAAAGCAGCGCUAUUCGACGUCAAAUGGUUCCGGGUGGUACUAGACGAGGGGCACACGAUUAAGAAUCGGAAUACGAAAGCCGCUCAGGCGUGUUGCGCUCUGGAGGCUAAGUUCAGAUGGGUCCUCACGGGUACACCGAUGCAGAACAAUGUCGAGGAACUGUACUCUCUCUUCAAGUUCCUCGGGAUCAGACCAUUGAAUGACUGGGAUCACUUUAACACACAUAUCAACAAGCCAGUCAAGAGCGGGAAGUCGGCUCGGGCGAUGAAACGUUUGCAGAUCGUCCUUCGCGCAAUCAUGCUCCGACGAUUGAAGACAGACCUUAUAAACGGCAAACCUCUCGUGGAGCUUCCACCUCGUACAGUCGAGAUCGUUUCUUGCCUGUUCGAUAACGACGAACGACUCUUCUACGAAAGCAUUCAGAGCAAAGUCGAAGCACAGAUGAACAAGCUGCAAAACGCCGGGGUUAUCAUGAAGAAUUACACAACUGUCCUGAUCUUGCUUCUGCGCCUGCGUCAAGCGUGUAACCAUCCGGCGCUGGUGUCGAAGGAUUUCAAAGUCGACAGCGCUGCUCUGGAGUCUCGCCCGGCGAAGAAUCAGAACCUCGAGGAAGAGCAAGAGGAUGAGCUUGCGGGCAUGUUCUCGAAGCUCGGUGUUGAGGAAGCAAAGAUUCGCAAGUGCACUAUCUGCUUUGAAACUCUCGACGAUGACAAUUCAGCCUCGAAAGAGUCGCAGAACUGUCUAGAUUGCGAAGCUCAGAUCGAGCGACAAGCGCGCCGACGAUCUGUCACUAAUCCGGACUUGCCAGCUUCCUCGACAAAGAUUCGCAGGAUUCUGGAUCUCCUGCAAGAGAUUCAGAAUCGGGGCGAUGGCGACGAAAAGACAAUCGUAUUUUCUCAAUUCACGUCCAUGUUGGACCUACUACAGCCGUUCCUCAAAGAUGCUGGUAUUCGACACGUGCGAUAUGAUGGAAGCAUGUCCAAGCCCGAGCGGGACCUCGCAUUGACCAAGAUUCGCACUAGUGACAGCGUCAAGGUCAUAUUGAUAUCAUUCAAGGCGGGCAGUACAGGUUUGAACUUGACUUCCUGUAACAACGUGAUCUUGGUGGAUCUUUGGUGGAAUCCGGCUCUGGAAGACCAAGCCUUCGAUCGCGCUCAUCGCAUGGGCCAGACUAGACCGGUGAAUAUCUACAAGCUAUGCGUACCCGAGACCGUCGAGGACAGGAUACUCGCUCUCCAAGAGCAAAAGCGCGUCCUCGCUGCCGCUGCGCUCAGCGGCGACAAGGUCAAGUUGUUGAACAAGCUCGGCAUGGACGAGCUGUUGGCGCUCUUCAAGCAUGGGGAUACCGGUCACGAUGGCGACUCCGAUUCUGAUUCUGAGUAGAUUGCUCACUGUGACUCGCUGUGAUGAUAUCUGGGCCUCAUUCUUGCUCCGGUUGCAGGCCGCCGACGAUUGUUUAGACUGCUCUUGGCAUGUGUUUAUGACCAUAAUGACCUACAGAGUCCUUGCUUUGCCGAAAACACACGUGUUGUACUUGGGAAUGUGGUGACGACGUUAGGUGCCUGUUCAGAUGAUCAACCAUGCGGUUCGUUGCAGUAUCUCAAUCUGUGUACUCGGAGGCAACGCGGAAAUUAUCGUGAAGGGUUCAGCUGUGUAUGGCUGCGUGCGCAGGCGAGUUUGCUCGUCAUCGAUUUGACGUAAUCAUAUAUCGACGGAACAGCCGGUAUGCUAUCUUCCC